UUGUUGUGAGAUGCAGAAUGCCGAUUUUCGUACACCUAUUUGUGCUGAUUUCUUGCCUAAGUCCCGGCAUGGGUGAAAAUAACGAUACCCAGCCGCGCUUUGCAAGAUCUGUAGUGAAUAUGGAUGACCUGCUGAACCUGGAAGACGACCUGGUCACCAAUUUGGAAGGGUUCGCGCAAAAGCUGUCCCAGAAAGCAAGAACCGUCAGAUGGGGGAUUCAACUGAUGAGAGAACAGCUUGAAAGGAUUAAAGAGGAUAAAUCCUUAGAGUUUUUGGACUCAUUUAAGAGUUACUCUCUCAUUCGACACAUGCAGGCGGAUUGGCUGAUGUGGAAACAAUACUUGGAACAGCCCGUGAUACUUGAUCAAUUGAAUUAUAACGGGUCGGAAAAUUUGAAGAUGCCACUCGAACUUGACUUGUUGGACGCCGCAGAAGCAAUUAGGAGAAUGCAAGCUACUUACGGGUUGUUAUCCAACGAUAUAGCCAAGGGUUUGCUAGAUGGAGUUCAGUACAAUUCAACCCUGGCACCUAUCGAUUGCCUGGCAAUGGGGCACCACUUGAUGAAUCAAUCGCGCUGGACGAUGGCCGAGCAAUGGAUUCUGGCAGCUAUUGAAGCCCAGGAGCGGAAAGGUCCUCGAACAGAGAUGAUGUUACUGAGCGGACCAUCGAAAUCAGAACUGUACAGAACACUGGCUAAAGUGCGGAUCGGAAAGAGAAAUGCAGAAGGAGCCCUGAAAGCCUAUCGAGCUGCACUCAAGCACUCGCCCCCUGAUCCGGAAAUAUUCCAAGAGUAUCAACACCUGAAGUGGGGAGUUCUUACUUCAUCAGCAGGCGAACCGAUCGCCGAGGAACCCAAUGAUGACAUCGAAGAAAUGGAGCUGCCGCCAUGUUGCAGUGGCCGUUGUGAAGGACCCCGAAAACUGAAGAGACUGUAUUGCGUGUAUAAUUGUGCAACUGCUGCUUUUCUGCGCCUGGCGCCCAUCAAAACGGAGAUACUCUCGAUUGACCCCUUCGUGGUUCUGCUGCACGACAUGGUCUCCCCAAAGGAGGCUGCUCUGAUCAGAUCUUCAAGUAAAAGCACCAUCUUUCCUUCCGAAACAGUCAACGCCGCAAACGACUUUGUUGUCAGCAAGUUCCGCACUUCAAAGUCAGUUUGGUUAGACAGGGAUGCCAAUGAGGCGACUGUGAAGCUCACUCAGCGUUUGGCGGAUGCAACUGGCUUGGAUGUGAAGCAUUCGGAGCACUUUCAGGUCAUCAACUAUGGGAUCGGAGGCGUCUUUGAAAGCCAUUUUGACACAACCCUCGAGGACACGAAUCGAUUUGUUGGCGGAUUUAUUGACCGUAUCGCAACAACUCUGUUCUAUCUGAAUGAUGUGCCACAGGGCGGGGCCACCCAUUUUCCAGGUCUAAAUAUCACUGUUUUUCCAAGGCUCGGAGCUGCUCUCUUCUGGUACAAUUUGGACACCCAGGGUAUGCUGCAAGUCCGAACAAUGCACACCGGCUGCCCCGUUAUCGUGGGCUCCAAGUGGGUGGUCAGCAAGUGGAUAGACGACAAAGGGCAAGAGUUCAGGAGGCCCUGCAUAAGAUCGCGCUCGGACUCGAAGUAUUUGCCAUCAAUAGAGAGGAUUAUUCUCUAGCCCUUGGCAUUAAUAAUUAAUAACUAUUAGGAAAAGUGAAAUAUGUUCUACACCUUGAAACUGAGCUGAAACUAAUGAGCGCAUAAAUUUGAUUAUGAUUAUCGGCACGGAAA